AUGCCCCCUCCAUCGCCAAUCCCAAUCCCCCUCUUCGCCUCAACCCAACUCAACCUCCUCCUCGAAGAACACGCCGCCGAAGUCUCCUCCUCCAAACUCGCCAGCACAGCCGCAACAGUCUCCCCCUCCACCCGCCGAACCCUCCAAGCAACCGGCUACGCUCUCACAGGCCUCAUCCUCUCUCAAUGCCGAACCGGCCUCGGCGGCCGCGUCGUCGGCGAGUUCGCGCCAGACCCAGCAAUCGCAUCAGAUGAGUCACGGGCAGCGGAUGGGACGCCUCGUCUUGGGUCGCAUGGGAUUCGCGUCGGGGACGUUGUGCGUGUUAGUGAUGUUGCGGGAGCGGGGAAGAAGGCGGGGAAGGAAAAAGAUAAGGAGAAAGAGAAAGAUGCGGAGAAGGGAGUUGAGGGUGUUGUUACGCGGACUGGUGAUCGCGCCGUGUGGAUUGCGUUUGGGCGGCAGGGUGGGGCGACGUCUAAGGAGGAUGAUGAGGCGGUUGAGGAGCUGUGGGGGAAGAAGCUGUGGGCUAUUAAGCUUGCUAAUGAUGUUACGUAUAGGAGGAUGAGGCAGACUAUGGAGAAGAUGGAGAAGAUGACAGAGUCUGAUUACUCGCAUUUCAUGCGUGUUGCGUUUGGACAUACGACGCCGCUGCAACUGGAUACUGAGGCGUGUGGAACUGUGGAGUUUCUUGAUCCCACGCUCAAUGAUUCGCAGAAGGAUGCUAUUCGGUUUGCGCUGGCUUCCCGGGAUAUUGCUUUGAUUCAUGGCCCGCCCGGGACGGGAAAGACACAUACGCUCAUUGAAUUGAUUUUACAAUUGGUUCAGCGGAAAAAGCGCGUUCUUGUGUGCGGACCGUCGAACGUGUCUGUUGAUAAUAUCGUGGAACGUCUGGCUCCUAAGAAGGUUCCUGUUGUGCGCAUCGGGCAUCCGGCUCGUCUGCUUCCUUCUGUUCUUGAGCAUUCUCUUGAAGUUCUUACGCAGACCUCAGAUGCUGGGGGUAUUGUGAAAGAUAUCCGCAAAGAGAUUGAUGAAAAACAGGCUAGUAUUCGCAAAACCAGGUCUGGUCGCGAACGGCGAGGUAUUUACGAUGAUUUGAAGCUGCUACGGAAAGAAUUCCGACAGCGCGAGUCUAAAUGCGUGGAUAAUCUGGUGCGCGAGAGUAGCGUGGUGUUGGCUACUCUUCACGGGGCUGGCGGUCACCAACUCAAGAACCAGAAGUUUGAUGUUGUGAUCAUCGACGAGGCGAGUCAAGCGCUCGAAGCACAAUGUUGGAUUUCUCUUCUGGGUGCGGAGAAGGUGGUCCUUGCCGGUGAUCAUCUGCAAUUACCACCGACCGUCAAAUCUACCGGACAGAAAGAUAAAACUUCCAAGGGCGAGGAAAAGACCGACACGAACACCGAUACCGAGACAUUGAAGGGUGUCUCUCUCGAACGCACAUUAUUUGAUCGUUUAUUAGCCCUGCACGGACCGGGGAUCAAACGCAUGUUGACCACGCAAUAUCGCAUGCAUGAGAAGAUCAUGCGAUUCCCCUCGGAUGAACUCUACGAGGGCAGGUUGAUAGCCAGCGACGCGGUGAAAGCCCGUCUACUAAUCGACCUACCCUACGAAGUAGAGGGCACAGACGACACGCAGGAACCUCUCGUAUUCUGGGACACGCAAGGCGGAGAUUUCCCCGAAAAAGCAGAGGAUGAGAUCAGCAAGAAAGGAGCCUUGCUUGGAGACAGCAAAAGCAACGAGAUGGAAGCUAUGGUCGUUGCUAGACAUGUGGAUAAUCUGAUCGAUGCGGGCGUCAGGCCCGAGAGCAUUGCUGUGAUCACCCCUUACAACGGGCAAUUGGCUCUACUGUCGCGGAUGUUACGAGAGAAAUAUCCCGGUCUUGAACUUGGCAGUGUGGAUGGAUUCCAGGGCCGCGAGAAAGAAGCCGUUGUAGUAAGUCUAGUGCGCAGCAAUACGGAGCACGAAGUGGGUUUCCUGGGUGAAAAACGACGAUUGAAUGUCGCCAUGACGCGCCCCAAGCGACAUUUGUGUAUUUGCGGAGACUCGGAGACGAUCAGUCACGGAAGUAGUUUCCUGAAGCACUGGAUGGCGUUUCUCGAAGAAAAUGCCGAUCUGCGAUAUCCCGACGCUGGAGAUUUGCUAUAG